CCCAGAAACGCUCUUUUACUUCAAUAAACCGCGUUUCUUUCCUUUUCCUCCACCCCCCAAAAUUUCUUCCUUUCCCCUGCUUCCUCCUCCUUAUCUCAUAUUCCCCACCAUGAAAUUGAAUCCUCCGCAAAUCCAUUUCCAUGGCGGCGGCUUCUCCCCCUCCUCCUGGUACUAACCCACUCUUCUCCUUUCUCUUCCUUUUCUCCUCACUCUUCUUCUUCUACUACUCUGCCCUGCCCCAUUGUUCUGCUCUCUCCACCUUCUCCAUCUCCGAAACUUCCAACCAAACUCUAGUCUGCGCAAUCGUCUACCGCUCCGACACCCAGCAAUCCUCCCUCAACUGCACCAGUCUCGACGGAACUGGACUCCCCGGGGUCCCAAUCUUUCCCGAUGUCCCGUUCUCCGGCGUCGUUUCGGGGGAUGGGUUCGUUGCUGCAGUCAGAACUUUCACUUCCCCUGUUCCCACCACUUCCACCCUCGUCACCUGGCGGUUUUCCGGCGGAAUCGUGGAGAGGAAGAGGAUCUACUCGGGUCCCGAGAUUACGGAGCUGGAAUCCGGUAACACAAACAUUUGCGGGUUAAUCGGUAGUGGUGGUAAUAAUGCUAGUUCCGCUGUUCGGAACUUCGAUUGCUGGCAAUGGCGGGAGUUCAACGCCUCCUCUGUUCCCCGCUUCUCGAGCAUCGCCGUCGGGGGAGAUUUCGUUUGUGGGAUAUCGUCGACAAAUGGGAACAUAACUUGUCUGGGCGACAGCCGGAACAGUAGUAGCUCGAGAGAUGUGAUUUCUCAAUCUCCUUCGGGAGAAAAUUACAGAGCAAUCGCCGCCGGAGCUGGGCACGCCUGCGCGCUGAGCUCCGACGGUGGGUUAACUUGCUGGGGAGGAGACACGAUCUCCAGCUCAAGCUCCAUUCUGGAAGGGGAACGAUUCAUAUCCAUGGCGGUGGGGGAGAAUCGCACCUGCGGAUUGAGAAGCAACGACACUGUAAUUUGCUGGGGGCAGAACAAUUUCCGGCUGCCGGCGAGCUUGGAAGCAACACAUUUCGUUUCGAUUGAAGCGAAAAGAACCGUAUUCUGCGGUGUCGUGAGGGAAGAUUUCUCCCUCCAUUGUUGGGGCGGCGGCAAUUUCACCAAUCAGAGCUCCAAUUCUUCCUCAAUCGUUUUCUCAAGAGUGCUGCCCAGCGCCUGCCGAAUUGACAGUCAAUGCCGUUGCGGUCCAUUGACCGGAAGCGGCAACCUCUGCCAACCUGGCUACAGCAUUUGUCAGCUCUGCCGGGAUUUCACAAACCCUCCUCCUCCUCUGUCACCGCCGCCACCGCCGCGGCAGCCGCAAUCUACUCCGCCGCGCGGCGGUGGCGGAUGGAAUAGCAAAAUGACCGCGUUUACAACGGUCGGAUCCGCGGGAUCCCUAGCUGUAUUGCUAGUGAUCGGAUUUUUCCUCUACAAGCGAGUGAAAUGCAGCAGCUGUAAGGUCCACGAUUCCGGUCCGAUGGACGAGCCGACGACGAGCACGCCACCGCCUCCGCAGCAGCGGAAUCCGUCUCUGCCGAGAGUGUUGGAGAAGCGAUUGAGCGAACUGGCGAGCAUGGGAAACGCAGGGCAGCUGGAGGAAUACUCGCUGGAGAUUCUGCUCGAAGCGACGAGCAAUUUCUCCGACGACCACAAGAUCGGUACGGGGAGCUUCGGGUCGGUCUACCGGGCCACGCUGCCCGACGGGAGGGAAGUGGCGGUCAAGCGAGCGGAGACCUCGUCGGGAAAUUCGCCGCGUACUUCUUUGGGGAUUUUCGUCAAGCACCAAGAGGACAAAGACAACGCGUUCGUCCAUGAGCUGGAGUCGCUCUCCCGGCUCCACCACAAGAAUCUGGUCCGACUAUUGGGGUUCUGCGAGGACGGUUCGGAGCGGAUCUUGGUCUACGAGUACGUGUCCAACGGUUCGCUCCACGACCACCUCCACCGGCUCGACCAGUCCCCGCUCGCCACGUGGCCCGCCCGGAUCAAGGUGGCGCUCGACGCGGCCCGCGGGAUCGAGUACCUCCACGUGUACUCGGUCCCGCCCAUCAUCCACCGUGACAUCAAGUCGUCCAACAUCCUGCUCGACGCCUCGUGGACUGCGAAGGUGUCGGACUUCGGGCUCUCGCUGAUGGGGCCCUCGGACGAGGAGGCGCACCUGUCGAUGCGCGCCGCGGGGACCGUGGGGUACAUGGACCCCGAGUACUACAGGCUGCAGCAGUUGACCACGAAGAGCGACGUGUACAGCUUCGGGAUCGUGUUGCUCGAGAUGCUGUCGGGCUGUAAGGCGAUCCACAAGAAUGAGAAUGGCGUGCCACGUAACGUGGUCGACUUCGUCGUGCCGUACAUCGUGCACGACGACAUACACAGGGUCCUCGACCCGAGGCUGCCGCCACCGACGCCUUUCGAGAUCGAGGCGGUGGCGUACGUGGGUUACCUAGCGGCGGAUUGCGUGAUGUUGGAAGGUAGGGAUCGACCGUCCAUGACGGACAUUGUAAAUAGCUUGGAGCGUGCAUUGGCCGCUUGUUUGGUUCACUCGGGUUCGCUCUCUCGGUCCACCACGGGUUCUUCUGCGUAGAGUAAAGAUUGAAUCAAAAUCCAAAUGAGAUUCUUCGUUUGAUUACACUUUUUUUUUUUUUUUUUUGUGAUUGUAUUGAAAAUGAUUAGUCAUUGUGUUGAUAUGAUUCAAAUGGGGAAGUGUAUAGAAAAUGUACCAACCAUGAAGAAAAAAAGAGAGGGUUAUUGGAACUUGGGUGGCAAAAAGGUGUUUGAUUGAGUUUGGUCAUUUUGCACUUUAUUUGGUCCAAAUCUUUUGCCUUUUUUCCAAGCAAUUUUAUACAUGAACAACCGAUCUUUCAAUUGUUAGGUCAAAUGGGGACGAAAGGUUUGAAAUUCAGUAGUCCAAUAUAUAAUGAGUUAUAUAUAGUGCUAAUUUCAACCACCUCAACCUCUAAGUUUAUGUUCUUUAUAAAAGAAGAAAUGCCUAUGUGAGUGCUAUACAUCAAUACCAUUUUGAUUCCUAGACUAUCCAGUAGUAUUUGAUACAUAAAUAGUACUUAGCUUUUUUCGACAAUUUUAUUAAGCUAGUGAUUGAUCUGACAUUGAUCAAGAUCUUCGAUUACCAGUGUAUUGUAUCCUUUUGGCAACAAUCUAUUUACUAUCAUAUACAACUAUCGACUAUCAUUACAUACUUGUUACAUCAUUUUUUCCCAAGUACAUUGGAAGCCAAAGACAAAUUCGUUUUUUCAUUUGUGAUAUAAAUUUCACUCUUUGACUCGACAGGAUAUGUGUAAGCACGUGUUUAUACCUUUUUAAUUGUCGAAUCUGUAAUACAUAAAAGAAACACGAGAUACAAUGAGUAUGAUGCGUUCACAAUUGAUCCAAGUUGAUACCCCAAAACCAAUUUUCACUCCAUCUUCAUUUUGUUUUUUGUUUUAUUCACUUUUAAAUGAGGGUUCAAAGCUACUCUAGAAACCACUCUAUGGAUACGUUGAUGAUCAUUAGUAGGUCAAAGUAUCAAUCAGCAGACAAUUAUACAAUAACUAGCAAGUGACCUGCCUCAUGAAUAAGUGAACCAGUUAGCUUGCAAACCAUAAUAAUGAGUAAUGCCAAUG